AUGGCUGGUGACCUUGUUCUACUUACCGGAGCCACGGGCUUCAUUGGCUUUCGCACUCUGGUUCUUCUCUUGGAAGCAGGUUACAAAGUCCGUGCCGCAGUUCGAAAUGUGGCGGGUUUCGAAAAGAUCAAGGCUCUCAAAUCUGCUGCUCCGUAUGCGUCGCAGUUGGAACAUAUUGUUGUCCCGGAUAUCACAGCAACAGGCGCCUAUGAUGAAGCAGUCAAGGGUGUCAAAUAUAUCGUACACGUGGCAUCGCCCUUUUCUUCUCCCGACCUUGUCCAAAGUGAUUACGAGUCGAGCUUUAUACAGCCGGCUGUUAAAGGCACUGUUGGCAUGCUAGACUCGGCAAUCACUGCUGAGAGCGUCAAAAGAGUUGUCAUCACUGGAUCCAUUCUCUCAAUUACAGGCAUCGCCGUAUUUGGUCCCGAUGUCAUCGUGGAUGAAAAUCACCGCACUGCUGUCACCGCUGGACCUUUCCCUUCCUGGAUAGCAGCAUAUGCCGCUUCUAAAGCUCUGGCCCUAGAAGCAACAAAGGAGUGGAUGAAAGAACACAAGCCCCCUUUCGAUCUAAUUACGAUUGAACCAGUCUUUGUGCUUGGCCGAGACGAAACGGCCAGAGAUGUUGAUUCGCUACUUAGAGGCCCCAAUGCUACUCUGAUCGGCCCUAUGACAGGCAAACCGCAACCCAUACCGCUUCCAUGCAACCCGGUUCAUGUUGACGAUGUUGCUCUGAUGCAUGUCCGCUCUCUCGACCCUAGUGUGCCUGGUAACGAAGAUUACCUAUCUUGUGCUCACUCUCUUCAAAGGGUCAAAUGGGAUGAAUCAUUUGAUAUCGUCAAGAAGCACUAUCCCAAAGAAUGCACUGAGGGAAUCUUCAAGGUCGAUACGGCAGUGCGGCCAAAGACUUUGGAUAAGAUAGUUGAUAGCACCAAGGCUGAGAAGGCAUUCGGCAUCACCUUUAAGUCUUUUGAAGAGCAGAUACUGAGCGUCACUGGGCAGUACUUGGAGCUACUUGGUCAGAAAUAA